GACUGAUAUUAGUGACAUUGAUCGUGGGUGCGAUCGGAUAUUAUUAUACACAUCGUACGCCCCCAAAAUACCCAGGUGUGAGUAGUGCACCGACCGGAAAUGGCGCAGUGGAUGGAAAAGCACCGGAUAAUACCACAAUUAUUCCCGACCCGAGAUACAGUCGGUCGUUCUAUGGAAUUGGAUAUACACCGUUGAACACACAAUACCCGUGGUGUGGUGCUUCAUUGGCCAAUAUUACAGAGGACCUAAAGAUCUUGUCCCAGUUGACACCGCGACUUCGUCUGUAUGGUCAGGAUUGUCAACAGGCGGACCUGGUGUUGCAGGCAAUUAAAUUGCUCAACGUUAAAAUGACGGUAAUCCUUACUGUUUGGGUGGAUUCAAAUGACACAACAUUCCAACGUCAAUACAAUAGUAUGCUAAAUACUUUGAAAACAUACGGAAAUGACGGUAACAUUGAAGCUGUUUCAAUUGGUAAUGAAGUAUUAUUUCGAAAAGAUGUUACACCUCAAGUAUUGUUUCAACGUAUGAUGGACUUUCGUGCGACAUUACAACAAAUGAAUCUUUCAAAAAUAAAAGUAGUCACUUCCGAUCUUGGAUCAAACAUAAGUCCGGCGAUGAUCCAAGCCACCGACAUAGUACUCGCGAAUGUUCAUCCAUUCUUUGCCGGAGUGUCGGCACAACAAGGUGCCAACUGGACUUUUAACUAUUUCAAUCAAACAGAUGCAACACCCGCCUUACCGAAACCGGCGAUAAUCUCUGAGGUCGGAUGGCCGACAGCAAAUGGAACUAAUCAAGGAGCUGUGGCCUCGGUGCCAAAUCUGCAAAUUAUAGCUGACACCUUUGUGUGUGAGGCUAAUCGACGACAAGUUCCAUAUUACUUCUUUGAGGCUUUCGAUGAACCAUGGAAAAUUAUUACUGGCAGUGAUAUGGAAACACAUUGGGGUAUAAUGACGGUGGAUCGUCAACUUAAAAUCAAAUUACCGAAUUGCCCGGUGCCUCCA